CCUUGAGGCCCCGCCCCCCCGGGGUCACGCGGCGCUCCGUCCCCUUUUCCCGCCGCCCCUCGCGCUCCUGGGGCCGCCUCAGAGCGGGCGGCGCGGGCGGAUCUGCUGGACCAUGGCUGAGCAGGGGCAGGACAAGGCGGCGCUGAUCAGCGAGACCCGGCGGCGUUUCGAGGCGGAGUACCUGCCAGAUAAAUCAGAUAAAUAUGAUUCUAGAGAUGUGGAAAGACUUCAGCAAGAUGAUAAAUGGGUUGAAAACUAUCUGAUUUGGCGUCAUGAUGUUGUGGAUGAUACUUUAAAGAUGAUUGAUGAAAGCUUUCAGUGGAGGAAAGAAUAUACAGUUAAUGACUUGUCGGAAUCUGUCCUUCCAAAAUGGUUAUUUGAAAUUGGUGCUCUCUUCCUGCAUGGAUACGAUAAAGAGGGCUAUAAAUUAUUUUGGUUCAAAGUGAAACAUCAUACAAGAGAUCCUAAACAGCAACUUGACAAAAAGAAACUGGUAGCAUUUUGGUUAGAACAUUAUGCCAAAAGAGAUCAUGGAAAGCCCUUAACAGUGGUAUUUGACAUGGCUGAAACUGGAAUCAGUCACAUAGACUUGGAUUUUGUUCGGUUUAUUGUCAACUGUUUUACAGAUUAUUACCCAAACUUCCUCACCAAGAUAGUAAUAUUUGAAAUGCCGUGGAUAAUGAACGCUGCUUUUAAAAUCGUGAAGGGUUGGCUUGGCCCAGAUGCAAUAAGCAUGUUAAAGUUCACAAACAAGAAUGAUGUACAGGAAUACAUCAGUGGAGAGUAUCUGCCACCUCACAUGGGUGGAACUGAUUCUUUCAAGUACAGUUAUCCUCCACUGGUUGAUGAUGAUUUUCAAACUCCUUUAUGUGAAAAUGGGCCCAUUACUAAUGAAGAUGAGCAUGAAAGUAAAGAAGAGCUAGAUUCAGACACCAAGGAGAUGGGAGAGCUGAAUGAAGCACAAAAUCUUAAUCAGAAAAAGAUGAAUUCUGUAGAACACAUUUCCAAAUCAGAGGAAACUGACAAAACAGAGGUCAAACCAAAAAAUGCAAAGAAAGCAUUAACUACUUUUAAAGGACCUUUAUUACAUAUCAGCCCAGCAGAAGAGCUAUAUUUUGGAUCCAAAGAAACUGGAGAGAAAAAAUGUUUGAUAGUUCUCACAAAUGUCACUAAAAACGUAGUGGCUUUUAAAGUGAGAACAACUGCUCCUGAAAAAUACAGGGUUAAACCGAGUAACAGCAGCUGUGAACCUGGCACAUCACUGGAUAUAAUAGUCUCUCUUCAUGGUGGUUUUUCAGCUUCUCUGCAGGAUCGCUUCCUUAUAAUGGCAGCAGAAAUGGAUCAGUCUUCUGGAGCGGGCGCACCAGAACUGACUCAGUUCUGGAAAGAUGUCCCUAGGACCAAAGUGAUGGAACAUAGGCUCAGGUGUCAUGUCAUAGAAAGCAGUAAGCCUUCUUCUCUGACAUUAAAAGACAAUGCGUUUAAUGUUCCAGCAAAAACAAAUGAAGAUUUACAUAUACAGCUAACUCGUUUACUGCAAAUUAAUAAAAGACUUGAAGAGCAGAUGAAUCGCUGCCUCUGGUUCCAGCAGUUGUCAGUUGUUUUAUCUUUGCUAUCAGUUACUGUUGCUGCCUUCUGCUUCUACCUGGCUUCUGCCCAGAGAAGCUAAAGAGAGUUGCUGUGCCCUGGAUGUGCUGCUGCCUAUCGUGGUGUGUUGGAGUAGAAGAGAUUGCAGUGCUGCACUCAGAUUCUGAAACUGCCAAAAUGAGGUUUGUGAGCCUACAGCAAUGAACAAGGAUACAGUUUGCUGGGGGGAAAAAAAAAAAAGAAGAAACGAAUGACCAGCAAAUGAAAAUACUGAAAUCACUUUCUCAGCUGACAAUUAGAAUAGGGCAUGAGGAAGAUGUUAGAGCUAGGGCCUAUUUUCACUGUACAACUCAAUAAAAAACUACUGAACUGGAAGGAGGAAACCACAUACAAUAUUUAAGCUGUUUAGAUUUUUUUUCCUUUAUUCAACUACUUCAAAUACAAUAUUUCAUUUCUUUUCAUCAUAUUCAUUCUUACAUUCUGAAUUACUCUCAUAGAAGAUAUAAGCAGUCGACUUAGUGUAUUCUAAGGUUAAUCUGUUCAUUCAGGAAAACUUACAGGCAUUAUGUAGUACAGGCAGAUUUUUUAUAUAAUCUGUGUACAUGCACAUAUAAAGGAAGAUAUUUGUUAGUAAUUAUUUUGGUAAUUCAGACUCACUGCUUUCAUUGGUUAAAUUCCUUAUUAUUUUGCUUCUUCUGAAUGCAAAGUUACUGUAAAUAUUUCUUACCAAGUAACGUACACACAAGACACUAUUCCUAUUCUUUUUUUUUUCUUUUUUUUUUUUGGUAAAGGAACUUGUAUUCAAAUUGCAGAAGGAGUGUGAGACUUGCCUUUUGGAUUGUGAUGGCCUAUUAUUGAUUCAUAAAAAGGCUAUUAAAUAGUCGGUGUAAGAACUUACUCUGAGUUGUGCAAUAUGGUUAAAUUACAGAUGAAUUUAUGAAGAAAGCCAGUCAAAUCAGGAAUUAAAUAGUGUAGAAGGCAACAUAAAAGUAUUAUAUCUGCCAUUUCACAGAAACUGUUGUGGAAAUGGCAAAUGAAGCUAGUGAGAAGUUCGCUGACAAGAAUUCUUUGUAUUCAUUGCUGUAAAUAUGUAUAUUAAAAUGAUAAAAACUUAAAAGGAGACUGAUGGUAUCUUUCAUACGUUUAAGAUUUUCACUUUUAAAGAGAUUUAAAAAGUUAAAAUAAUUCCAUUACUAGAAUUAAUUUUUCCUACAAAUUGGCUUUGUAACAGAUCAUUUAGUUUUGUCUGCUGACCUCAAUAGAUGAGAAGCAAUUAUUGAGGAAAAAUAAAGGUCAUACUCUACUUCUGUCUUUUUGCUUACAGUGUGUUGCCGAUCUAGGAUCAUUUCUGGGAAACAGAAAAGGGCAGUUUAAAAUAAUGCAUUAAUAAACAGAUUAACUAAAAAAGCCAGCAAUUUGAUUACUAAAAAAAAUACAAUUUAAAAAGCAAGAUUACAGAAAUGUUUGGCACACAGUCUUCUGUCCUUUCUUAAUUUAUACAAUGUUUUACCACAUCUGCAUUUUCUUAAUUUUUCAUUAAUCUCAUUUCUGUUCAGUUUGUUUCUCAGUAUUUUGUUUUCCUAAUGAGUUGGCAAUUUAUAUUAUUCACUGCUUAUUAUGAAGCUGUUACUUGGGUUAUUUUUAUGUGCAUGCAACUCAAAUGUUUUACUUCCAACAAAGUGGGUUGUUGUCUUAUUGAGAAAGGUAACGAAGUAAUUUCUAACCUUAAGAUAAUAAUAACCAUGCUAUUAAAAUACCAAUUCCUAUUUUGGAGUGGAUUGAAUAGCACUUUAUUGUAAAAUUGCAAGAAAUAUAUUCUUAAGAGUCUUUGCCAAUAUGAAUAUUUUAAUGUUUUGGUGCUUUCAUAUAUUUCAGUAUUUUAUUACUUAUUUUGUUAUUGGUAUUUUCUUUGUAUGAUGAAUCAGAUGAACAUCUUUUCUAUUUUAAUAUGUUUUAGAAAAAUACAGUUAAAAAAUAAAUAUGAGGAAACACACA